AUGAUGAAUAAAUUAAAAAAUGCACUAGUUCCAUUGACGAACCUUCAAUUCCAACAUCGUGGCAUAGCAAAAGUCCGUCUAAAAUGGGUAAAAAACCGAAGCAUCGAUCACAUAAUCGACAAAGAAACCGAUCUCAAAGCCGCUUCGCUUCUCAAAGACGCAAUCAAGCGUUCCUCCACCGGUUUCCUCACCGCCAAAACCUUCGCCGACUGGCAAAAGCUUCUCGGCCUAACCGUCCCCGUCCUCCGCUUCAUGCGCAGGUAUCCGACUCUGUUCCACGAGUUCCCUCACCCUCGCUGGAACUCUCUCCCUUGUUUCCGUUUAACCGAAACCGCGGAGCUUUUAGAUUCUCAAGAACAGAAUAUCUACACUCUUCACGAAAACGACACCGUUGAGAGACUCUCUAGGUUACUCAUGAUGAUGAAAACUCGUACUGUUCCUUUACAGUCUCUUUAUCCUCUUAAAUUUGAUCUAGGUUUCCCUGAUUCCUUUGAGAAAACCCUAAUUCCCAAAUAUCCUGAAAAUUUUCAGUUUGUUAAGGCUCCCAAUGGUGUUUCGGCUGUUCGACUUGCGCGGUGGUGCGAUGAAUUUGCGGUCUCGGCUUUGCAGAAGAGUAAUGAGUGUGAGAGUGAUCAGUAUAGGGAGUUUAAGAGAGGGAAGACCGCGUUGGUUUUUCCGAUGAGGUUUCCGAGAGGCUAUGGUGGACAGAAGAAGGUUAGGUUUUGGAUGGAUGAGUUUCAGAAAUUGCCUUAUAUUUCGCCUUAUGCGGAUUCGUCUAAGAUUGAUCCGAAAAGUGAUUUGAUGGAGAAGCGCGUUGUUGGGGUUUUGCAUGAGAUUUUGAGUUUGUGUUUGCAUAAGAAAACUAAGAGGAACUACUUGAGAAGUUUGAGGGAGGAGUUGAAUCUUCCUCAUAAGUUUACGAGGAUUUUUACGAGAUAUCCUGGGAUAUUUUAUCUUUCGUUGAAGUGUAAAACAACUACUGUUACUCUUAGAGAAGGGUAUGCAAGGGGGAAACUGGUGGAUCCGCAUCCACUUGCUCGUCAUAGAGAUAAGUUUUACCAUGUGAUGAGGACGGGGCUUCUUUAUCGUGGUGAUGGAUCAUUGAAAGUUGGGGAAGAUGCUUUGAUGGUUGAUUCUAUGGAGAAUGAUGAAAUGGGAGAUGGGGAUUCUGAGGAGGAAGAGGUUGAAACAAGUGAUGAAUUCUGCGAGGAUGAAGUUUCAGACUCAGAUGAUAGUAGUAGUGAGUAA